AUGCCGGUCAUUUCAUCCAAAACAGCUCCUGAAAUACCAACUAUUGACCAGGCAUAUUCAAAAAUCAGCAAUAGCAUCACUGUAGAAUGGGCCACAGUGCCAGGGGCCACGAGUUACUUGCUCACAGCUGAAGACGGGGACACGGUCAUUGAGACUAUGGUGGCCAGUUCCCCAGGCACCGUGACAGGCCUGAAGGCUGCGACAUUGUACCAAAUCACGCUCAGAUCUGUUAGUGCCUCUGGACGAAGCCAGGCAUCCUCUCCAAAGCAGGCAAAGACAGUGUUGGCUGCACCAACUCUGGAAGUUAGCUCUCCAAGUCCGGACUCCAUCCUGGUGAGGUGGGGUGCUGUUUACAUGGCGAUUGGAUUCUCUGUGUCCCUUAUGCGAGCCAAUGGCUUGGGUAGGAUUUGGAAGGAGAAUACUACAAACACGUCCUUAACCUUCAGCAGUUUGGAUGCCGGCACUCUCUACACUAUAAAGGCCUAUGCGUGGAACGCCAAUGGAAUCCCCGGGGAUGACUCCACCUGCAAUCAGAGAACCAGUCCUCGUGCCCCUGCCAACAUUCAAGUCCUCUUUGACAGCGGGGCCCUAAAGGUAUCUGUUUCAUGGACUCCAGCAGAAGGGGCUUCCAACUACACGGUGAUGGCAUCGAGUGGUUCUUUCCAGCGGAGCUGCAGUACACCUCUCAGUUCCUGUAGCAUCACUUCUCUGCAGUGUGGAACGGAGUACCUGAUUUCCGUCUCGGCCAGCAACGAUGCUGGCUCCAGCAAGUCCUCAUCUGCAGAGACCCUAAAGACGGUUGCUUGCGCACCUGGAAGAGUGACAAUCCAAGAAGACCCCCCUGGUCACUUGUCAGUGGCUUGGUCCAGUGUGGAUCUGGGUGACUACUAUGUAGCUUUUGUGAAGAGUGACGAUGGCUUGGAAGUACAUUGCAACACCUCCCUCACCCAGUGCGACUUCCUGUCCGAGUGUGGCUUCACAUACUUUAUUAGUGUAUUUGCCUAUAACAAAGCAGGGCAGAGUCCUCUGGGGGAUGUGUUCAACUACACCACAGCUCCCUGUUGUCCUAGUGACAUUAGCCCAGUGUUGGUGUUCAGUGACAGAGUGGAAAUUGCCUGGUCUCCCGUGCGGGGUGCUGAACUCUACGAAACCAAGGCCGUAGCUGGAUGCAGUGUUGUGGAGUGCAACGACACCGCCCCUGCUUGCACCCUCUCUGCUUUGAAUUGUGACACCAAGUACAACAUCACGGUGUAUUCCUUCAGCGAGGUCCGGGGCAGCAAUCUGUCCUGCCCCUCACGCUUUAUCACCACAGCUCCCUGCAGUCCCGAAAUAAAAAACAUCUCAAAGGCUGCGUUCUCUAUGGUUAAUGUGCACUGGCGAUCUACAAAUGAAGGAGCCACUUACACAGUGACUGCCCAGGGGAAGAAGGGGCUGUUCCAGUGCAGCAGCACAGGGGAGACUUGCACGAUGGGGGACCUUCCCUGCGGCUCCAUGUUCUCUGUCACUGCUGUGGCCGAAACUCAGGCGGGAAAGAGCCUGCCCAGCUACAGUGUGCCCUUGGAAACAGCGCCGUGCUGUCCAUCUGGUCUGACAGCAGCUCAGGUCACCCAGUCUGUAAUCAACGUCAGCUGGACUAUCGGGGCAGCGGCUCAAACCUAUGUGACAGUGCUGGCGUCACACAUCGGACAGUCUAAGUGUCACACCCGUCAAAACCACUGCCUUCUGGGAUGCGUUGCAUGUGGCAUCAACUACACGGUGGCACUGAAGGCCAUUAGUGCCACAGGACUGACUGCAGACUGUGCCUACCAGGGUUAUUCUUCUAGUGCCUGCUGCCCAUUGGGGGUCAAAUUAUAUAGGCUGGGCCCUAAUGGCAUCCGGAUCUACUGGCAAGCCUCCAGGGGCUCUGCCAACUACAGCACUGACCUCUAUGGUUCCAAAGGCAUCUUUACGUGCGCCCCACGUGCUGGCCUAAGUUUCUGUGACAUCACUGACAUCCCCUGUGGGGACGUGUACACCGUGAUGGUCUCACCAGUUUCUGAAACAGGACUAAAGCUUACUUUCUGUCCAAAAAAAAUAUAUUCGGGUAAGUCAAGCUAUGACCCUUAAUCUGAAACCAACCUUUGAGCUGAAUGCAGCACAAGUGGUACAGCG